UCAACCGCCAGUCCCCUCAGCCGCCGUGCAAUCAUCAGACAACGACUGCGUCGCCAGUCAACGCAACAACAUAAACCAAACGACCGCCCCAAACCCACACACUAAAUUGUGGCAGGUCCAGGUGUCAAGCCGUUUUCGCUUAUGCCGUUUGACACCGACUGGCCCACGGUCAGUCGCCUUCUGAAUGACCACUCGCUGGUCUGUAAGGGCGGGCUUUAUGUACUCGCCGAUUCACCUCCGCGUUCCGACGCACACGACGCACAAUACGUGCUAAGCCCUCCGCAGGUCAUUCCUGAGAGCUCGGGCAUCAAUAACGGCUACCGCGAUGAUGAAGUCGUCGCGGGCGGUAGAGUAAGGCGGAGAAAGGAGGACCAGAGAAAACAGGAGCUCGAGAACGAUGAGUACACCGAGGAUGUGCAACCCACAUCCGUCAGGUGUCGCGGAUGUCAGAAGGCCAUCAGCCUUGACAAACGCUCCAGGUACUAUCCUGGACUGUGGGUCAAGCACAGGAGGCAAGUGCCCUGGCAUCCUCGAGCUAGAGGAAGAUAAAGCGCUAACCAGGAGAAGAGACUGGUUUUUUCAGUUAAAUCCAGAACCGCGCCCACCAGCCGCCUCCUCAUUUGACGCGAGCGGUGAAAAAUUGGGAAGAGGGGAGAGUCAGAAGAGGAUGAGGAUGAGGACGAGGACGAGGACAGGGUGAUGGGAUUCAGCAGUAGGUCAG